CUGGAUGUGUGUGUGACUGUGAGCGUGUACACAAGUGUGUGUGAGCUUGUGUGAAUGACUGUUGGCACACUGUCACACAUGGUGUCACACAGGUGUUUUAUCGAACUUUGAUCAACAUAUCACUCAGCUGGUAAGGUCUCCACACUCAUUGGCUGAAAACUGUGAAGGCCCACCCCUGACUGUUCCUCAGGCCCAAUAGGAGAAAAAUCUGAUUUUCUACACGUGUUGCCCUGUCUGAACACAGUCGCAUCAUGAGCAGAGCCUGGGCUUUGUUCAGAUCCCACCCGUACCUCAGUAACAUCACGGGCUACACGGCUCUGUUUGCCUCCGCCGACCUCAUUCAUCAAUGCAUGCUGGGAGGACAGCAGGUGCACGCCAGCAGCCCGCAGGGACAGCGCGCUGUAGCAGGGGACCGUGAGACAGGAACCGUGUCUCGCGAUGCCCCUGUGUCUGGCAUCAACUGGAGUCAGACUGCUCGAGUGGCACUGGUUGGGUUCUGUUUCCAUGCCAACUUCAAUUACCACUGGCUGAGGGCAUUGGAGAGGAUGUGGCCAGGGGGCGGAGUCAAGCGAGUGACCCUUAAAGUGGUGGUGGAUCAACUAGUCGCAGCCCCUGCCACCAUCAGUGCAUUCUUCAUAGGCCUCAGUGCACUUGAAGGGAAAGAGGAUCCUUUUGAAGACUGGAGAAAUAAAUUCUGGACCUCCUAUAAGACUGGAGUGGUCUACUGGUCUACAAUGCAGGCUGUGAAUUUCUCUCUGGUCCCGCCCGUGGCACGCACAGUGUUUGUGGGAGGCGUUGCUCUUACAUGGACAGUUUUUCUUUGUCAUUUUCGCCAGCUUAAAAGUGACUCUGAGCCUAGUUCCUCCUCCUAGAGCUUUUGAAAAAUAACACAAGACAGAGGGACCAAACGUAUCUCCUGAAAGACCACUAGACCAUAAAUAAACAUACAGGAUGAUGUUCAUGCAUUAAAGAGGUAUUUUCAAUGAAAUUGAUGCUAAAUCUGUUUAUCAUUCAAAUAUUUUUAAACUGCAAAUAAAAAUGCGUAAUUGUCUUUACUACCUGGAUCUAUAAAACAGCCUAAGCCAUCUGUACAAAGACUUAAAGGAGAAUUCCGAUGUGAUA